AUGGAUCAUCUGAAAACAACUUUUCACCCAAAAAAAUACGUAUUGAAUACCCCUGCUUGCAAUUCUCCCCCUUUGAACAGGAAAUUUCUCUUUUCCUCAAAAGGUAAAUUGAAAAACUCCAUCGCUGUCUGUUCUAUAUCAAAUCCAUGGCUUUUCACCAUGAAAAAUCCCCAUUCUAUACAUGCAUUGACCACAUCCUUACUGAGAAGAUUUGUAUUUUGUCCAGAAAAAUCUGUCAAGGGUAAAUGUAACGAUUCCACUUGGCAUAGAUUUAGUUAUUCAUGUAAUGAGAGUCCAAAAUGA